UAUGGAUAUUGUACCUUUAACUUUUAGUAGACGUACCAAACUUUCAGUGCUAAAAUGGACCGCACAAUCCGGGUGCCCGAAUCGGAAAGAGCUCAGUCGGAGCAGGCCACGCCGGCCGUUUCCGCCGCAGUGCCGUCACUUUGCCGUGGAGUGGAAGCAAACAAUAUCCGUAACUUUAUUUAUUUUAUGUUUUUUUCAGAGGAGAGAGAGUAAAUGCGAUUUGUUUUUUAUUCAUGAAAGAAAGGGGACACGAAAGAGAGGAAGGAGAGAGAGAGAGAGAGAAUAUUUUCGUGGCCCUUUCGUUUCAAUGGCGCCUACUGGAACAGCAACGUCUCUCUGAAAUUUCUCACAAUCUGAAGUCUCGGCUCGCAGCCAACGACGUCGUUUUACGGUGAUGAUGAACUGGCGGAGAGUGUUGAAGUCCGUGCAGGCCCUGGCGGCCCACAGCCUCCUCUUCUCCUUCACGCUACUGCUCGUUCUCAAGCUGGACGGCGUCGCCGCCUCCUACUCUUGGUGGAUAAUUUUCUUUCCACUUUGGAUAUUUCAUGCAGUUGUUGCCCGAGGAAGAUUCUCACUACCUGCUCCUUCAGUUCCACACAGUCGUCAUUGGGCACCAUGUCAUGCUAUUGCCGCUACACCAUUGCUAGUUGCAUUUGAGUUGCUCCUUUGUAUAUAUCUUGAAAGUGUUUCCGUUCAUGGUUUUGCAGCUGUCAACUUGAAGGUUGUCUUUCUACCCUUACUGGCAUUCGAAAUAAUUAUUCUAAUUGACAAUUUCAGGAUGUGCAGGGCUCUAAUGCCAGGGGAUGAUGAAAGCAUGAGUGAUGAGACAAUAUGGGAAACACUUCCUCAUUUCUGGGUAGCAAUCUCCAUGGUUUUCUUUGUUGCUGCUACAGUGUUCACCCUGCUGAAGUUAUGCGGUGAUGUCGAUGCUCUUGGUUGGUGGGAUUUAUUUAUAAAUUUUGGUAUUGCAGAAUGCUUUGCCUUUCUUGUCUGUACAAAGUGGUCUAAUCCAGUGAUUCAUAGAAGUGCUCAUUCAAGAGAAGCUACUUCAUCUUCUACAACUAUUAGAUAUCUUGACUGGAAUAGCGGUUUAGUAGUUUCAGCAGAAGAGGAUCAAAAUCACGAUAGAAUGUGUGGUCUGCAAGAUAUUGGUGGGCAUCUUAUGAAAAUUCCCGUGAUUGGUUUUCAAGUUCUCCUUUGUAUGCGCCUUGAGGGAACCCCAGCAAAUGCUAGACAUAUCCCACUUCCAGUUCUCUUCUCUCCUCUAUUUUUACUCCAAGGUGCCGGUGUACUAUUGUCUGCAUGUAGGUUGGUGGAGAAAAUUGUCCUUUUGUUGCGUACUGAGGCUGGCACCGGAUUAUAUUUUAGAUUUUCUUCAAGAGCUCAUGACUGCUUCGGGUUUUUGCACCGUGGUUCUAGGCUACUGGGCUGGUGGUCGAUUGAUGAAAGAAGUCCAGAAGAAGAUGCCAGACUGUUUCAUGAGGGGGCUUCAGGAUAUAACACUUUUUCUGGUUAUCCACCUGAGAUAGUGAAGAAAAUGCCCAAGAAGGAUCUCACUGAGGAGGUCUGGAGACUUCAAGCAGCUCUUGGUGAACAGACAGAAAUCACCAAAUACAGCCAGCAGGAGUACGAAAGACUUCAAAAUGAAAAAGUGUUAUGUCGCGUUUGCUUUGAGGGAGAGAUCAGCGUGGUCCUGCUACCAUGUCGACAUCGCGUCCUUUGCAGUUCCUGCUCUAACAAGUGUAAAAAGUGCCCGAUAUGCCGUGAAUCAAUCGAGGAGCGCUUACCUGUCUAUGAUGUUUAGGUUUGAAUCCACCCUGCGUCGAAUUAUGUUUACAAUAUGGAACUGGGGUACAUAGAGCGGGACGAUAACCUUGAUUCAGCACAUGUUCUGAGCACAGAUUAUACUGUAACUUCCAUGGAGUUUUUCUGGUGCUAGUUAAGCAAGGCAAAGGAUUAUAGGAGAUACAGGAUGUGCAGUCACUUUUACUAAAACUGAGUAGCUUUUUUCUCUCAGUUUUUCUACCUUUUGAAACUGUAAAUAUACAGAGGGGGAAUUACUAUCAUAACAAGUAAGUUUUCGUAUGCGAUAUGGUAGCAUGGAUGACGUCAAUAUUCCGGGAAAUUGAUACAAAAGAUGGAGGUCAUUUCAUAGGAGAUUUGAGAAAAAAGUAUUUCGUUUAAAUUUUUUACUUCAUACGCA